AUGUCAUCCUCAUCAGCAGCGAGUUCUUCUGAAUUUUAUUCCUUCACCGUUCCGGAUGCUCAGGGCAAUGAAGUCUCCAUGUCCGAAUACAAGGGAAAAGUACUAAUGAUUGUGAAUGUUGCUUCGUCGUGUGGACUCACUCCACAAUAUGAAGAGUUGCAACAACUCUACGAAAAGUAUAAGGAUCAAGGUUUUGAAAUUUUGGCCUUUCCGUGCAAUCAAUUUGCUUUCCAGGAGAGAGGAAGUAAUGAAGAGAUUUGUCAAUUUGCUCGUAAAAAGUUUAAUGUUUCAUUCAAGAUUUUCGCAAAGACGACUGUCAAUGGUAGUGACACUAUUCCCUUAUACAAAUACUUGAAGAAGGAGGGAGAAGGUUACAUGUUCAAUGCCAUCAAGUGGAACUUUACCAAAUUCUUAAUCACACGAGAGGGUAAAGUGUUGGGUAGAUACUCACCCUACACGAAACCAUUGGAAAUUGAAGAAGAUAUCAAAAAAUUGUUGGAAGAAAAGCCAUCUUCAGAGUAA